AUGGUUUCUAAUAAGCUCUUGGCCAGAUUACGAUCAAUUAGUGGAGAUAUCAAAACAACGGCCGCUGGCAUUUACAUGCAUAUUCUCUGGCCCCGAAUGAUCCCCAGCAUUCUGCCUAUCACAAUGAUAGACUAUAUCGCAGAAAACCUCCCAGCCUUCAUUAUCACGUUUAGGAUUUAUAAGACAUGUGUUCUGGGUUCGUUAUACUUGCGAUAUUUAACGAUAGAAACAAUGUCUACUGAACUUGUUAGAGAUGUAGAUGGCCUAUCCAAGGAUUUCGACACAUAUCUGCCUCCAUCUACAGACCGCUCAUCCGCUGGCCGCUAUCUCAACGUCGUACCGCCUAUAUGGCAGAGGUCUCAUAAUGAGGAUUUACCGGCAAGGAAAGAAGUUUUUGACCGAGCAGGGUUCGAAGCACUCAUACGGUCAGAUAACCCUAUAGUUCGAUCAUGGGCACGCCAAGCUAUAGCUUCGUAUAACGAUCUCAGGAACUCUCCCGACCCGUAG